AUGGAACGUAGAAGCUGGCAUUGCAAGAAGAAGGCCGCCGGUCGCGCCGUCGUCUUUGGAAACUUCUUUCUCGGGUACCGCUCGUUUUUUAAAUACGUAGGACACUGAACAUCUUCUUUUUUCACUAAAAAUCACAUUUUUGCUUGACGAGAAACACAAAAGUUUGCUUGGCUUUUCGAAAAAUGAGAAUGCGCUUUUUAAGAUUUUGGAGUCUAUAGAAGCCUUGAAGUUGAGAAUUUCGGUACUGAGUGAAAAUUUGGACGAAAUAACUUACCAGAUCAGAAGUUCAACCGGAAAAAAAGUCUGAGAAUCCCCCCUCCCUGGAUUUGUCACAUUAAAAUUCCUUCGAAUAUGAAAUUCAGAAACAAACGUAGUUAAAACAUGAAAUCGUCGCGGGCAGACAAGGCGUUCGCGGAGAUCGACGACAGCGUCAUGAAACGCGUCGAAGUCGUCCGUCGGAUCUUCGACGACCUCCGUGUCCAGAAUGCCGGCAACGUCGGUUCGUCCCGAGAUUCAGAAGCCUCAGAAUCAAGUUCAUCUUCAGUGACGCAUUCGACGAGGAGCGACGCGACAUCGCUGCAGAGUCCGGACUCGUCGGAGCAGAAAAAGUGUCUUCGUCAGACUGAUUCGUCGUGUAGUACUUUUGAAGGGUCCGUUUUUCAAGAAAGCUCUCAGCUCACAGCGUGACUUUCUGACGAGAAUGGAUUGAAAAAAUGCGUUUUUCACGUUUUUUUUUUUCAGAAUCAUUGUUUGAAAAUCGCCUUCUGGAAUAUGAGCUCACGGCGUUUUUUUGGCGACGGCCCGCCCAUAAUUUUUCCGUAAAGUGUAGUGUGUUGUGUGCAUACACUGCGGCGCUCUGGCACACGCCGCGUUCAACGUAAUUUUCGCGAAUUAAAAUUUUGGCUAUUUUGAAUUUCACGGAAUUACUUUCAACACGGCAUGUUUUUUAAAACAAGAAAAACAGAAAUCACGUUCUUUAAUAUGAGAAAUAGAUUCGUCUUGGGACCCAUUGAUGAGUCUUUAAAAUUUCCUGUUAUUUACGCGUUUUUCCCAUGACGUCACAUGGGAACGGCGGAGAUUUUGACCACGCCUCCUUAAUUUUUGUUUUUGCAUUUUUUUUUCCACUAACAAAACCGCCGUGAGUUCUAUCCUCUCUACAAGCCCAAAAGGGCCCUAUUUAGAAAUAUGCCCUCAUCUUUUUUCAUAACUUUAUUAAAUUAGCUUAAUUUUCAAAUUCCAACCUCUACAUAUUUUUUCUGAACCAUCUGCAGAAUUAUUCAAGCACAGAUUCAAAAUCAGCGUGAAAAACUGUAUAGCCCAUUCGCCGGGACUUGAAACUGUCUGUCUGUCUCUGCGUCUCCCUGUUCCCUCACCGACGAGGCUAGAGAAAUAUGAAAAUAGCACGUAAACGUGAGAGCGUCGCCGAGAGAUGAGGAGGGCGCAGAGAAGGCUCUGAAGUUUCAAAUUGUGGCGAACGGACUAUAGAACUAAAGAAAAAAUGUCUUGGUUAGACUUUUCCUCCAACUUCUCCUCAUUCAGGAGCUUCCCUACGGCCUCGAUAUACCCAAAACCUGGAAUGGAGUCCCUUUCUUACACGGUAAUUUUUGUUUCAUUUUUCCCGAUUACUAUUAAAAAUAUUCAGGAUACAGAGACGACUGCGUCUUCUAACGUAAAUAUUCCAUGCCAGGGCACGAAGCGUUGCAAGAUGCUCAAUAAGGUAAAACUCGAAUAAAUUCCCAGAAAUAGUGAGAAUUUGAGACCUUUUACUCGGAAGAUGGAAGAUUGAAGCUGUGCAUCGCUGAGGUUGAAGAUAAGCGCCUCGAAGUCGCUCUAAAGAGAGCGACGAGUCUGGCGACGUCGGAGUCCUCUGGAACGACUUCAGCGAAAAGUUCGCAGACGAAAGUCGGCAAAGAAAAGAGUUGUGAAAGGGUCAAGUCUAUCCUUAGUGCCAGCGAAUCCAGCACCAGCAACUCGAUGUUAGCAAUUUUUAACCUAUUAUCCAACUCAUAAAGUCCGAGAAAAAAAAGAAAAUAGCACAUAAACCCAAGAGAGCGUAGAGCCGCAAAAAACAAAAAAAAAACAGGAAUGAGUGCUCCAUGGCUAAUAUGGAACCUAACACAAACAUGACGUUUCUGCGCAACUUUAGGGAUUUCUUAAGGGUGCUGACGCCACUGAAGAGAUCACUAGAAGUGCUCCGAGUAACUUCUCUUGAUUUAUUCCAUUUUUCAAAAAACAUAACCAACAAGCCUAGAAAAAACCUGCCGAGAUACGUUUCACAAUAAGAAUAAAAUCAUUUCUUUUUCCAUUAUUCUUGAUCUCCCAUUCUCUUCUUACGCAAAAAAAUACAUUUCUAAGAAAAAUAAUCUUCUAUUAUUUGAUCUCUCCAAACUUUCUAGGUUUUCAGUCGGGCGCAAUGAAAAUCAUACUUCCCUCUAUCUUUUCUACAUCCCGCAAGUUGCAAAAAUUCAAAAAAACAAAAAUAUUUUAGCUGUAAAAGAGCUGAUAAAAUCAAAAAAUAAGCUUAAAAAUUAAUUUUUCAUUAUCCAUUUCCAUUAAACGAUAGUCUUAACAAAUUGUUUUUCUAUUUAUCGAAUUCCCAAAGUGAUAGAAACAGUAAAGAGAGGUUCCAAAAAUGAAUAUAGUCAAAAAAAAAACCUGUCAAAAAUUGAAGGUCAAGAAGAAUUGCUGAAGCAUUUCCGUCUGUUCCCGAGGCUUUGCUGACCCCUCAAGCUCACUCGCCAGUCUCAAGCGCGGUAAGAAUUCUGACUUCAGGAAUCGAACCAGUAUUAUUCAAGAAAACCAAAAUUAAAAUUUCAAGAGUUUUUUUUUCUAGUUUCUAAACAAACCAAUUGGGAAAAUUCUUUCAUCUUCGCUUCUGUAAGCUGUUUCCGAUUUCAGAAAAGUUACUUUUUUCCAUAUUAACCUUUUUUAACUUUGAUUCAUACACAAUGUGAAAAAGAAUGACCAAAUAAAAAAUCCGUUUCCAAAAUGUUCAAAACUUCUCACAUGAGUUAUAAUCCUACGCCACUGGUCAAUUGGUGGUCAAUACAAGUACAGUACCGCUCAAAAGUAUAUUAAGUUUUGGUUUUUUUGAGAAUAUCUCAGCGAGUACUUAUCCGAUUUAUAUAUAACUUUCAGGGAUAAUGUAAAAAAUACUUUGAAACAUAUACGGCAUACAAAGACAUGUCCGCAAUCACUGUGACGCGUUUUAAGAAUUUUUUUAUUGAAUUCAAUUUUUUUACGCUUUUAUUUUUUUAUUUAUUUUUUUAUUAAAUUUUUUUAAGAGUAAUAAUGUUGCCAUAUGAUUUUUUUCAUGUUUUUCAGACAUGGGAAGAAUCUCUGGAAAAAAAGGAUUUGACUGAUAACGAAAAAAAGAGCCAUCGUUGUGGGUCGUCAAAAUGGACUGACCAUGAUGACGUUGGCAGGAAUGUUCGGCGUGACAGAGGCGUGCAUUUCUCAGUUCCUAAAGCGUUGGAAAGCUCAAGAUGGCUCUACUAAGAGCCAACACACUGGCAGACCACGUGUCACUGAUCGUAAUGACGAUAGAAACAUUUUGAAGACGUCUAGAACCGAUCCAAGACUCACCGCCCCUGCGAUCAGACGGGAAGUUUGCUUGAAUUCGCCAUCUCCGCCAUCCGUCUCGAUCGUGAAACGACGUCUGAAUGCUGCUGGAAUCAUGGGAAGACGUUCAGUGAAGAAACCGCUGAUUUCUGA